CGUCGCCGCCCGCGUCUCAAAAGCGGGUUUGCAACUUGUAGAAGUGGAGAGCGAGCGCGGGACUUACUGCUUGCGCAUUCUCGUACAAGGUCAUGCUGAGUCCCAGUACUCUGGAUUACCCGAUGGAUUUUACGAUGGACGUCCACCCCCGGGAAGUGUUGAAGGACAGGCAGCUCAGCCUGAUCCAGGACGAUAGGCACGACAGCGGCUUAGGCUCGAUGAAGGACGAGGAAUACGAAAAACUCGUCCGGGAGUUGGAAGAUAUUCGAAUCCAGCCUGUGGAGGCCACCAUGGGCCUCCAGAUCGACCCUAGUCACCCAGCCCAGGCUUGGAAGCAGCAAGUGACUGAAGACGGGGACACAUUUCUCCAUCUGGCCAUUAUUCACGAAGAAAAAUCCUUAAGUUUGGAAAUCAUUCGCCAAGCAGGACGUGAUUCGGCCUUCUUGAAUUUCCAGAACAAUCUCAACCAGACCGCACUCCACUUGGCAGCAAUCACAGAUCAGCCUGAAAUUGCUGAGACUCUUCUGAAAGCAGGAUGUGAUGCAGAAAUCAGAGAUUUCCGAGGAAACACACCGCUGCACAUUGCUUGUGAACAGGGCUCCCUCAGAGGAGUAUAUGUUCUUACACAGUAUUGCCAGAAGCAACAGCUCCAUUCUCUCCUACAGUCAGCAAACUACCAUGGACACACAUGUCUUCAUCUGGCUUCUAUUCAAGGAUACCUGGCCAUUGUAGAAUGUCUUCUGUGCUUGGGAGCAGAUAUCAAUGCUCAGGAGCCAUGCAAUGGUAGAACUGCCCUGCAUUUGGCUGUAGAUCUGCAGAACGAAAGACUGGUAUCCCUUUUGUUGAAGCAUGGAGCAGAUGUGAACAAAGUAACCUACCAGGGCUAUUCUCCAUACCAGCUCACAUGGGGAAGAAACAACAACUUCAUACAGGAACAGUUGAGACAGUUUACCACACUGGAUUUGCAGAUGCUACCAGAAAGUGAAGAUGAAGAAAGCUGUGAAUCAGAAUCGGAGUACACAGAAGAUGAACAUCUGUAUGAUGACUGCGUUAUUGGUGGACGGCAUGUGUCUUAAAGGAGGAGAGUUGAUGAAAGAUCGCAGGUACAACCAUAUGAACAGUUAUGGAACUACUGCACUCACAGCACAGAAAACAACAUUGUGAAAACAGCAAGAUGCCACAAGUGGUUGAGUUCAGAUAUCCCUGGGUGAAGUUUGGUUGUCUAGUGGUAAAUACCAACAUGGUCUCAUUUACAUCAGAGAAGAAGAAUUGAGAACUGCAAGAUCCACCUGUGUGUUCACUGUGCACUCUACAACAGGAGUGUCCAGAUCCAUCCUCUGUUGGGACUUUUUGGAAGACAUUCCAUAGAUUUCUACUUAACUGAUGAUAACCUGUUCCAAGGACUGAGAGUAGGAGCUCUCCGUUGUGCACAGCAAGGAGAGUUAUCGCAAUCCUCAGAAAGAUUGCUUGUCCAUCUGCUAGGUGGCUAGGGAUAACAUUCAGGCUGUAUAUUGCAAGCCCUAUACUUUGCAAUGUGUAUAUCAUGUAUACUUUGUAAAUUUUGUGAAUAGUUUUCUUACUUGUGAGAUGUAUAUUUAUUAAA